UCAGGGCACUCACGGCGCAGGUGGGCCAGUCCGAUUAGUCGCUCGAGCCGUAACGGUCGCAUCGCGCACCGGCGCGGGCGCUUUGAUACGUUACGUUUCAAAAAUCGAACUUCAUCAAUGAACUUGUGCUUUUUAUGAUGAAUUAUGUUACGACACUAAAAUUACAAUGUUCAUGCAAUCACAUGACGCGACGCCCGGUGCCUUGGAGGAGGAGUUCAGUAGGCCGGUGGAGUCCAUCAUGAGGAUCGAGGACUUCAAGAGCAACUUCGCCAGGAGGCUGUCCAAUCGAUACACCACCAAGUCUCCUGUGGCCACUCCAAGAACGGACACCGCUUUAAAGCUACGACCAGAUAAAUCUAAUUCAAACGACAACGUUUCAGAAAGAAUUGAGCCAUAUUCUCAACUUUCGAAGAGUGUUGUGGAGCAGAACGGUGAAGCUGCUAAACCUCCGGACAAACCGACGCUGAAGACCAACAUGCGAUGCACCGAAGUCACCGCCUUGAACAUGGAGGUAGAAACUCUGAGGUGGCAGCUGGCACAGACUGAAGCAAACAGGCAGAUGCACAUAGCAUUACUUAAGCAGAUUGUGACGUUCUUAAAUAGAGUCAGAGAUCAUAUCGAUCAUCAGAAGAACGAAAGUACAAGGAAAGAGUCGAUGUCGACUAGGAUUCCCAAGUCCUUCAAUGUUGCUGACUUGCCUCGCUCAAGAUCGGUUCUCCACGUGAACAAAAAUCUCGAAUAUCUGACCCCAACCAAAAAAAUAAGCACAAGAAAGAUCAGCAAAUCCAUUAGCAAUGUUAAUGGUUUCAGAGAUGCCUCGGGCGUUUGGAAUCAGUCGAAACUUUCACUUAUAUCCGAGAACGAGUCGUCAAAUAAAAUAUCCGAAGAAAUGUCUAGACUGAUAACUCUUGCCAAUACAGUGCUCAGCACAAAAUUACCUGAUCUCGCGUGUUCAUGUAACGGCAAUCUCGACGAUGGGAACAAGUUUGCAGAUAGUAUCGAGAAGGGAGAAGCGAAGGUUAAUGAGCUCAACACUUCUUUGAGUCUUGUCGAGGAGAACUCUACUAAUGCUUUCAUUCUUAACACGGUCUGUGACGACAAAGAUGUAUACGACAGCAUAAUCAACAAAUUCAUGGAAGUUAAAGAUCACUCCAUGAAUGACUUUAUUGUGUCGCCGUCACCACUCACCUGCGGUUUGGAAAACGACUUUGCCGGUGUUGAAUUGAACGAAAAAGAACGGCAGGGUCCUUUGUCUGUAAAAAAUGUUGCGGAACUAACCAACGGUAAAAUACUUAGAGGCUGUAAUGACAAAAGAAAUGAAUACAGUCACGUAUCUAAUUUCAUCGAAGACGAGAGUGGGUUCUCUUCGAUGAACUCGUUUCAGGAGAUUGGGAUACCGAUUAUAAGUAUCAUACCACCGUCGCCCUGCAAAGAAGUAGGCUACAUGGAGGAAAUGCCAGACAUUUUAUCCGAACACGAAAAAUGGAAGACUGAUACAUUGGAGCUUGACAAGCAAACUAUGAAAGUGUUUUGGGUUUAAAUUAUGUCAAUGUACAAAAUCUCUGUUCAAAGUGUCGUGAGUCGUCGUGAGUGUGCUGCAUCACCGUAUUUUGUUCGGUAGAUACUUUUUAAUAUUUAUUUUAAUUAUAUUGCCGAAAAGUAAGAAUACUAACAAUGCGAUGCCGUAAUUCUAGAAAUAAAGCCUAAAAACAAUAAAAUAUUCAAAAACAAAUGGCAGUUCAAUUUUUAUUUGAUAGGCAAUUAUGUUACCUUUAAAAAUGUACAACCUUUGUAGGCCUCGUUUUUAAAGCUUCUAAAUAAAGUAUCUUUGGAUUCUGUUUGAGAUAAGGAGGUCAAGAAGAUAUUAAUUUACAUAAUACCAAAUUGCAAUGGUAAUUCUGCCUCAGAAAGUAGAUCAAAAUACUUUAAUGAGUUAUGUAUAGAAAGUACAGGGUAUGCCUCGUACUAGUGUGUGAUUUAUGUGUGAUUUAUUAUCUUUUGGUUGCUUUGUUUGUGUGAAUCCCGCGACCAAUAAAUCUCUUCACAGAAAGAAACAUUUCAUUUAAUAGGUAGUCGUGGAUUCGUUUUCAUCAAGACUGUAUCUUAUUAUCUUAAUGUCGGUACCUAUUAUGUAUGGUACCUGUGGUCGGUACUUUAUGAAUGUAUAACCAUAUUAUUAUUCUGUGGUUUAACAAACAAUAA